UCUGAAGACUUUUCUGUUUCAAGAAGGAAACUGGUUUCCAUGGAUUUCUCUGCCAGCACCACUCUUCUCUUGACUAUCUCCUGCUGCCUGUGGUAUACCGAAGCCCGAAAGUAUUCAUAUGAGCUCAAUGUGCUAAAUGCGGGUUACUGGGGUAAAUGGGGCCAAAAGGAAUUUUGCAAUAAAGGCUAUGCUAAUGGCUUCUCCCUCAAGGUGGAAGAAAAGCAGGGGGCAAAGGACAAUACAGCUUUGAACGGAAUCCGCUUGUACUGUACCGAUGGCACAACAAUUGAGUCUAAAGUUGGACCGUGGGGAACAUGGACUAGAGUACAAUCCUGCCUCACAGGUUACUUGGUUUCUUUUUCUCUAAGAGUGGAACCAAGUCAACAAAUGGGUGAUGAUACAGCAGCUAACAACAUCCAGUUCACCUGCAGUGAUGGUGCUGUCCUGGUGGGCCUUGGCUUGAGCUGGGGUGACUGGGGUCCAUGGAGCCUACGCUGCCUGUCAGGUGGCAUAUUUGGGAUGAGAACAAGGGUGGAGGACAAACAGGGUAUUGGUGAUGAUACAGCACUCAAUAAUGUGCAUUUUUAUUGCUGUUAA